UACAAAAAGCCCAAAUCAAAUGAAUUGGGCAAGUGUUGAAGAUGCAAUCCUCCUCCUCCGUGUCAUUAGCAGUAGGAGUGGGUGGGAUAAAAAAGUCGAGUUGGUUUGCGGUGAAGUCUGUUGGUAGCAACACCACCUUAAGCGAUCCUUGUUCGGUCAUGGCGGCUCCCAAAUGGGCCCAGAAGACAAUAACGCUUCCUCCUCACAACCGUGGUUGCCACCUUAUUACUCCUAAGAUCUUGAAGGAAAUUGGAGAAGAUCUGUCCGGAUUUAACUGUGGGCUAGCAAAUCUCUUUCUGCAGCAUACUAGUGCCUCGUUAACUAUCAAUGAAAAUUAUGACUCGGAUGUUCGAGCUGACACUGAGACCUUUCUUAACAAAAUCGUCCCUGAGGGAAGAUCUGCACCAUGGAAACAUACUCUCGAAGGUCCAGAUGAUAUGCCAGCACACAUCAAAUCAUCCAUGUUUGGCUGUGCUCUUACGAUACCAAUUACCAAUGGGAAGCUUAACAUGGGAACCUGGCAGGGCAUAUGGCUGUGUGAGCAUCGUGAUGAACCUACUGCACGUAAAGUUGUGGUCACUCUAAAUGGAAUUUGAGAUUUGUGUGAGAUGAGAGCAACAUGGAAUGUGACCCCUACUACGUGUGACUAUUCGUGGGUUUGGGUUACUUAAUGUAAUACGAAUAAUGGGAGUCUUGUCAAGUCUUAAAUGCUAAAUAUGUUUUUAAGGUUGAAAUGCAUAUUUACUGUUUCUGGCAAUAUUAUGUUUAUGGGCAAGUUUGGAACCUGCUCUGCCCCUUUGGAUAUGAAUAUGAUAUCCGUUCAACUCAA